AUGAGUAUCGAUACGUUUAAUGAUUGUCUUCCUCGCUGGAGAUCUCAUGAGGCUUUCUUUGAAUGGUUGAAAAAGAGGGACGUAGACAAUGAAACCAUUGACAUUUUUAAACAUCACAGAAUUGAUGAGUUGUCAUUUUGCAUGUUGAAGGAAGGCGAUCUACGUGAGAUUGGAAUCAAUAAAUUAGGCGUUAUCAAACGACUUCUUUACAUUAUUGAAAUGAAGAAUUCAUCAUCAUCUUCAGAUUCAGAUGAAUCUAGUGGAUGCAGAGCGCCUCGAAUGUUGCUCAAUCCUCCAACCUGUGAGCCAGAUCCCAAACUAUGGAAAGUUUUUAUUAGUGCACUCUACUGUUUCCUUUCCCUCGGUGUCACCUCUUAUGUUAUGGUUCUUGCUCAUGAACGGCUUCCAGACAUAUCAAAAUACCCUCCCUUGCCAGAUCUUCUCCUUGACAGCCUUCCUUAUAUCCCUUGGGCUUUCGAAGCUGCUGAAAUGACUUGUCUCGCCCUUGCCCUAAUCUGGACAUUAGUUCUCUUCUUUCAUAAACACAGAUUAAUACUACUUAGACGGUAUUGUUCCUUGAUGGGAACUGUCUUUCUGCUACGAUCAGUUACGAUGAUCAUCACGUCACUUAGUGUUCCCGGUCAACAUUUGCUGACUGAAUGCAAGCCUUUUGUGUUUCACUCCUACAAAGAAAGAUUAGAACGAGCUGCAACUAUAUGGUUUGGUAUGGGCAUGACACUUCAAGGAGUGCGGACAUGCGGUGACUACAUGUUCAGUGGCCAUACCACCGUGAUCACCCUUCUCAAUUUUUUUAUCACCGAGUAUACUCCCCAACGUCUUGGCCGGUUGCACAAUUUAACCUGGAUGCUCAAUGGUUUCGGCGUCUUCUUCAUUCUUGCUGCACACGAACACUACUCAAUUGAUGUCUUCAUUGCUAUCUACAUCUCCACUCGCCUCUUCCUCUACUACCACUGGCAAGCAGACAACCAUCACGCUUCACACCAUGGUAAACAUCGCGCUUGGAUCUGGUUCCCUAUACUCACCUUCUUUGAGUGUGACGUUCGGGGACCUGUCCCCCACGAAUACUCAAAUCCAGUGAAGGAUUUCCUCUCCUAUUGGAAGAAGCAUCAAGCUAAUUUGCCCAAAUUGCCGUUAGCUCUUGCCUCGUUGUGUCUUUCGACGUCAUCGUCUUCUAAGCCGAAAGGAAAUUAG